AUGGCCCAGACCCCAGAGAACAAGGCAGCAUGGCUAUCCGCUUCCAAAGCCACGCCGCUUGAAAUUGGCCCCGCGCCAUACACGGCACCCGGACCUGGCCAGAUUGUGGUGAAGAACGGUGCAUUGGGCAUCAAUUCAGUCGACUGGGCUAAGCAAUUGCUCGGCGAAGGCUUGUUGGGCCACAUCAGUUAUCCAUUCAUUCUCGGCGAGGACGUGGCCGGUACCGUUGUCGAGGUGGGCGAGGGCGUAGAGCGCUUCCACGUCGGCGACCGUGUUGUGGCUGCCGCUGCUGCCAUAUCCGUGAACACCUCCAUCGAGGGCGGUUUCCAACUAUACACAGUCAUCCGCGAGUGGCUGGCCGCUCCGCUGCCAGACAGCCUUAGCUUUGAGCAGGCCAGCGUAAUCCCGCUAGCCAUCUUUACAGCCUCUCAUGGUCUGUUUGACGCCGGAUACCUGGGCCUUGACUUGCCCACCGUUCCCGCAUCUUCCAGCAGUGAAAAGCGUGCUGUCAUUAUCACUGGUGGCUCAUCCGCUGUUGGUGGUACUGCCGUCCAGCUGGCUGUGUCCGCCGGCUACGAGGUUAUAUCGACGGCAUCGCCUAAGAACUUCGACUACGUCAAAAAUCUGGGUGCCACCCACGUCUUCGAUUACAAGAGUGAAACCGUGAUCGAUGACAUCAGCGCUGUGGUCAAGGGACUCCACCUUAAGGGCGGGUAUUCCAUUGGCGAUGGCUCCAUCGAGCUGCUUGCUGCCGUACUGGCCAAGCACGAGGGCCCCUCUACCAAAAAGGUCAUUGCUCUCGCUGGCGGCCAGCCCACUGGCGGCAGCAUUGACCCGAGUGUCGAGGUCAAGUUCAUCUUGCUCGGCCCGGACGCGGCUAGCCCCGAGUCUGUUGUGAGUAAAAUCUUCAAGAACUACCUGCCGGAUGCACUUGCGAAGGAACAGUUCAUUCUAGCACCCGAGGCGACUGUCGUGGGUAAGGGAUUGGAAAAGAUUCAAGAGGCUUUCGGAAUCCACAUGCAGGGUGUCUCAGCAAAGAAGAUUGUGGUCUCACUAUGA